UUUAGUAGAAUGUAAUGCAGUUUCCGGGACUACAGAGGCAGUGUUUGAAGUUAACGCGGGCAAUUCUUUUUUUUGUGUGUCAACAACGUCUUCGGCCUUGUAAACAUCGAUAUAUAUUUUUCACGAAAUAAGGAUACGUGUAUAUGUUAACUUGAUGGCAAGUUUAGUUUCAGCGUGCAAAUAAAACCCUCCUUUUUCACUAACUGGGAGAAAUGGCGGUCGGGCUGUACUAUGCUAGCUAGACCGAUUUAUUAUCACGCUAACGGGCUAAAUACAUUUGUCUACACGGACAGAAAUGGACUCCAAAUACCCAAAUCUGACGAGACCUCAGAAGAAGCGCCGGUACUUCUCCAUUAAAACGAGCGCAUCAACCAUGAAGGGAAAUGCCGAACUGGACAUCGAUGACUCCAAUACUUGGUUCAAAAACUUGGAUUCUCCCUCUGAUGUUGGGGAAGAGCUUCCCCCUCUGCCUCCCUCUCCGACCUUCACCCCUGUAGAGAAGGAGGAGAAGACUGGUAACCCUGUAGAGAAGGAGGAGAAGACUGGUAACCCUGUAGAGAAGGAGAGGAGAGAACCAUCAGUUCCAGAGACUAGUGAAGCGGUGCCCCAAGGAGAAGAGAUGCACAAGGAGGGGAGAGCAGAGAGCACUUUGCUGGAUACUGAGAGCCCAUUUAAAAAGCACGCUCCCAUCAAGACCUCCAGCCCCAUGAAGCAGCAGGAGGGGGAUGAGGACAAGGACAGAACAGCCUCUCCAUUGCUCUUGACCUGUGGUGAUGAUGAUGAUGAUGAAGAUGACCACGGCCCUGUAAAGCAGCCUAUCACUGCCCUGACACCACAGUGCAACGGACAGGCAGCAGACGGGGGAUAUGAUGCAGUGCUGGACUCUCCUCCCUGUCGGUUUUCUGUCGGCAAACAAAAGACGCCAUCUCGCAGUAUGCCGAAGAAGGAAGAGACACCUUGGAAGUUGACUCUGUCCCUGUGCAGCAUAGAGACAGAAGAGCCUCCCCAAACAAGCCCGUGUCCAGCAGUAGAACCCAAAGAACAACCAGUACCAGGGAAGAAGAGUCUGGCCCGACCCUCAGAGAAGAAGAGUCUGGCCCGACCCUCAGAGAAGAAGAGUCUGGCCCAGCCCUCAGAGAAGAAGAGUCUGGCCCAGCCCUCAGAGAAGAAGAGUCUGGCCCAGCCCUCAGAGAAGAAGAGUCUGGCCCAGCCCUCAGAGAAGAAGAGUCUGGCCCAGCCCUCAGAGAAGAAGAGUCUGGCCCAGCCCUCAGAGAAGAAGAGUCUGGCCCAGCCCUCAGAGAAGAAGAGUCUGGCCCAGCCCUCAGAGAAGAAGAGUCUGGCCCAGCCCUCAGAGAAGAAGAGUCUGGCCCAGCCUUCAGGGAAGGAGAGUCUGGCCCAGCCUUCAGAGAAGGAGAGUCUGGCCCAACCACCAGAGAAGAAGGGUCUGGCCCAACCACCAGAGAAGGAGGCAACACCGGAAAGGAAAGCCACAUCCUCCUUCCUCCAGAAGCUGAGAGAGGCUGGUCAGUCCAAGCCUGCCUGGAAAGCCCUGGCGUCUCCAGUGAGAGAAGCUCCUCUCACCGACCUGGAGGAUGACUUCCUGAUCCUGGAGGACGAUGGUCCUUCCUGGUUCUCCCUUCGUAGGAAGACUGACCCCAACAGGACCACAGCCACACCUCAACCGCAGCAGAAGGACCAAUCACACAGCAGUAAUGACGCCUCAGCUGACACACUCACCAAGGCCAGCCAAUCAGAGAAGGAUACAGCCAAGCUGAGAUCAGGAGGGACAGCUGAAGUGAAAACUAAAGAGAAGAAUGCUACUGGAGGCUCCUCCCUCAUACCUGUCCUCACCAAGUCUACAGCCAGGAAGAAGAGGGACUCAAGUCCCCAGGGUGAUGAGCCUGUCGAGGCAGACCACAUAGAACAAGACCCGAAGAAGAAGGUCAACAACCCGUUAUCUGAACCAACGACAGCAGGUUACCUGGAACUAGGAGGAGGGGCUAAGCCUAAACCCAGCCAAUCAAAAGCCCGCACCAAAACAGAAAAGAAAGUUCCCAGAAUAUCUAAAUUCCAAGCUGGUAUCCAAGGUAACAAGGUGAACCCCAAGACGAGCCGAGGACGAGGCCUGCAGUCUGGAAAGACCAGGAGACUGUCAGCUGGAGCUGGGGAGGAGCCCGUCAGCAUGGAGGAGGAGAGUGAAGCUGCUUCAGACCAGGAUGUUUCACCAGUUCUACAGUUGGCACCGACAGGACAGAGACGAGUCAAGGUCCCAGCCAAUCGUAAAGCCAAGGAGGUCAGCCCCUCCCCUACAGGUGAGGCUGACUCCUCCCAGGCCGGCCAGCUAACCCAGUUAGCAGGGAAGAGGAAGAGGAUCAAGCCUGGUCCCUGGUGGCUCACCAGCCCUUUCAACACACAGGUCACAGAGACAGUCAACACACACACAGCAAACAAGUACAAACACAAUAACAAGAAAACAAAAACCAAACCAGCAAGAUAUUCCUCUGUGGAGUCAGGGCAAGAGGAGGGGACAUCAAGACCCUUGUUUAAUCAGAACGCAAAGAAGAAACCCUCGUCCAAUCAAACCGCAGAAAAUAAACCCUGGUCCAAUCAGACCACAGAAAAUAAACCCUGGUCCAAUCAGACUGCAGGGCAUGAAGCAGAGAAGCCCAAGAGGGGCAGAACUAAGAAGCAAAAGACGACCAGUAGAGAGGAGCCAGCGAGGCCUGAAGGUCAGAGAGAAGAGGAGGAGGCUGAGGCCUCUACGGCAGAGCAGCAGGAGGAGCAACAGGAGCUGGGGGGGCUCAGUCCCAUGCCCAGCCCUCUCAGACAGCAUACACUCACCCCAAGUGAGAAGGUGUUUGACUGGAUCUAUACCCGCCCUCCCAAGUGUAAACCCCAGAGUGACAUCACCCCCCACUCUGCUACCGUUACCCCCAGCAGGCAGUGGCGUCAGGCCAGGGAGGCUCCAGAGAAACACAGCAGGAGGAGGAGGAAAGCUCCAGGGAACUGGUGGGUCACCAACAACCCCCCAGAGAACGCUGACAGCACCUCUUCAUUCCCUCAACAACCCCAGCCUUACCCCAAAAAACCUUCACCCCCUCAACCACAGCCGAACCCAAAAACUCGCAAGGUGGAGAGAAGUAAGUUCCUUGGACCCCCUCAGAAUGGCAACACAGCCUCCUCAACUCGACCUGGAGGAGUUCAGACCCCGCUGAAGAGGAAGGACCUCUCCGCCCCCAAGACGGUCAAGCGCUCUCUGGCCACCAUUGGCGCCGUCUUCUCCUCUGGCAGAGGAGCGCUCCCGUUGGCCACAGUCAGAAGCAGCACGUGGCAGACUUUGGGGAGGAAAACGCUAUUCCCUAGAGCGCCUGAGGAGCAGUCAGCCCAGAGCCCCAGCAUCGGCCUCAGCUCUGGGCCAGCUAAUGACCCCUCCCAGGACCCAACCAGUGACAGGAGCUCCAGCCCUGUGGAUCUGAGUGCCAGUACUGUCUGCAUAGAGCCUGUUGGACAGCUGGGGAAAAAGAAGACCAUACACCGAGACUUCUCCCAAAGCAACAACCGACUCUCAGACAACACGUUAAAAGGGUUCAAAAGUGGACCGUCUUCCAUGAUUGAACUGGAGGAUUAUGAAGAGAAUGACGACAUCUGUGUCCAGUCGUUCAGAGUGACGCCCCAUCCGUCUGUCCAUCAGUCUGUCCCUCCUGGCAUCGUGCUGUCGGACCCUGAGGCUGUGACUGAGCUUUGUGCUCCUCCUCUCAGAGCCAUCACACUGCAGCUGGAGGACAAGGCCAACCUCACAGACUGGAUGGCUUUGCUCUGGCCUGCCACUGGGAAACAGGGAGGCCAGAUCAGCCCAGAUCAUUUCCAGUGGUUCUCGUAUCGAGACAGAGCUCUUGGUUACAAGAUGGACCUGCUGGCUGAAACCUUCUCCAAUGGAAAGAUCUUGCUGGGCUCCUACAUGAAGAAACCUCUGCUGGUGGACCACAGCGCCACCACUGUGUAUAACCUCCUAACCAGCUCAGUAACUGUGAAGAUCAAUGGCAAAGAGAACCAUUAUAACCCAGGACAAACCUUCAUGGUCCCAUGUGGCCAUGCCUACAGCCUCCACAAUCUGACCCAGGAACCUGCUGCUCUACACUUCACCAGGAUGCUGGCAGAGAGCUCAGAGUGAGGCCUGGAGACCACAGCCAGGGGCUCAGUAAAGUACAAUAGUGACAGGUCAGAGUAGUGAAGGAUCCUUACAGACGACCACCAGGUACCUCAACUUAGGAGUGACUGAGACCAGCAGAGACAACAAGCUAGAGAGGCCCUUCUCACCCACCUCAAUGACAUUCCCAAGGACUUAACAGGAAAUGACCAGCCAGUAAUUUAAAUGGAAAAGUUAGAAAGAUUAAAAGUGUACAGAGGGCUCUGCUGUAAGUGCUUGUUAUUGUCUUAUUGUCACAGUAACAUUUGUAAAUAGCAAUACUUUUGUUUCUAUGGUUUCUUGUGCCCCCCUACUGUGUACAUUUAAUGUGACCAAUGAAAUAAUUUGUAAAGGCUUCUGGGUAUUUUUAUUGGAAUAUUCAUCUUCUGUCAACUGUUGCAAACACAUGGUAUGUAAAAAAUAAAAAUAAAAAGUAAUUCA